AUGAAAUUUUAUUUAUUUUUUUCAAUUUCAUUAUUUUUAUUAUUAUCUCAAUUCUUUCCUUUUGUUUAUUCUGUAAUUGACAAUGGAAUUUUAGGAGAACCUUAUGUUGAUUGUGGAGGGAAUUAUAUUGAAGUGCGUUUUGAUACUCGAAAUACAUUUCGGGGAAUUGUUUUUGUCGAAGAUCAUUUAAAUGACCCUCAAUGUCGAUCUAGUCCAACAAUUGAUGAUGAAACUAAUGGAAGGGAAAUUGGCCAAAGAAAUGCUCAAAUUAAAUUAAAUUUUUUUUCUUGUGGAAUUAAUUUUACAAAAUAUGAUAAUCCAAAAGGAGUAUUUUUAAGUGCUAAAAUUGUUCUUGCUUUUCAUCCACAAUAUUUAAGUAAAAUAGAUCGUUUAUAUGAACUUAAAUGUUUUUAUAUGGAAAUGGAACAUCAAUUAGAAAAUGAAUUAAAUAUACAGAUGGGUCCCCCAACAAUGCAUACUAAACAAGUCCCUAUGCCUGUAUGUCGUUAUGAGGUUCUAGCUGGGGGUCCACAAGGCCCUCCUGUUCUUUUUGCAACAAUUGGACAAAUGGUUUAUCACAAAUGGACAUGUGAAUCGAGUGAAGAAAACCAAUUUUGUAUGAUUGUUCAUUCUUGUAUUGUUGAUGAUGGACAUGGAGAUCGUGUUGAAUUAAUUGAUGAACAAGGAUGUGCUAAAGACAAACAUUUAUUACAAAAUUUAGAUUAUAUUUCUGAUUUAAUGGUUGGAAAAGAAGCCCACGUUUAUAAAUAUGCUGACCGGGAAAGGUUGGAAAAGGAAGGGAUAUUAUUCUCUAAAAAAAUUAAUUCUAGAUUGUUUUUUGAUUGUAAAAUUGUUUUGAGUAUUAAAGAACCUGGAACUGAAUUUUGUCCAGUUCCUGAAUGUCCAGAUCCUCCAAGAAAACGUCGACAUUUAAAAGAAAAAGAAAAUAAAAAUAAUUUAAUUUUAAAACACAAAAAAGAAGAAAAAAUUGAAGAAAUUUGUGAAAAUUCGAAUAUAUUUAUUUAUUCUACUUUAAUUCCGUUAGAUUUGGCUUUGAUAAUUGUUGCUAUUUUAUUAAUACGUGAUGGAUUUAAACAAUUCAAUUUAUAA